UCCCCCAAGACCGAGAAGAGUGGCUUGAUCUUUCUUCCAAGCCAUUUUGAUACAAGAGGGUCAAAUGAUCCAGCUGCAGAUUGUACAGCUAGCCAAGUGUGACGGUGCCGCGUGAAGUGAAAGGUAAGCAGAAUUUUUCCAGACCAUAACGACCAUUGGGUGAUGCAUAUAUAGAUUCUUGUACUAUAGCUAAUUAAUCAACCUUGGCUGCUAAGUAGAGACAAACAAGGCAGGAAGACUUUACACACACUGCAUGCAUUACCAGUAGGUACAUGGCUACGCCCAUUCAAAGAUACUCCAGCAAGCAAGAAAACAACGCUGAUUAAUUAGCAUAACAUCACCACUAAACUAAUCUAUCACGCUAGUUUGUUUGCUUGUUUGUUUGUCCUGACUAAUUAAUUAGGUUGCAAUUAGUAACGAUUUAGCUCCACCGUAAUCCCAUUGACACCUAGCUUAGCCUCCAUCAUCCUGGCUGCCUUGUUUCCUCUAUAAAAAGGCUAAGCUCUGCACCCAUCACCCUCCCCCUUCCCUUUAGCUUUGCAACCAGCUCCAUCAGUUGCUCUCUCUUCUCUUCUCCUAGCUCGUAACUAAGAGGUAACACACAGUCACACGCUGCCAUGGCCGGAGUUCAGAGCGGGAGCAGCAGCGCCACCCCAUGUGCCUCCUGCAAGCUUCUGCGGCGGCGGUGCGCUAGGGACUGCGUGUUCGCGCCCUACUUCCCACCGGAGGACCCGCAUCGGUUUGCCACCGUGCAUCGGGUCUUCGGUGCUAGCAACGUCAGCAAGAUGCUACAGGAGCUCCCGGUUGCGCAGCGGGCUGACGCAGUGAGCAGCCUUGUGUAUGAGGCCACGGCGAGGAUGCGCGACCCUGUCUACGGCUGCGCUGGCGCCAUCUCCUACCUCCAGCAGCAGGUCGCCCAGCUCCAGGCGCAGCUCGCUGUCGCACAGGUCGAGAUCCUCCAGCGCAUCCACCACCCAUCUCCCGGCGCUGCAUUCCAUCUGCAAGAGCUUCAGCAGCGUCCGGAGCAGCAGCAGCUAAUGCAGAUGGACGAUGAUGACAAGGUGUACAGUAGCCUCGUCAUGCAGAAUGAUCUGAUGAGCACGCUGCUGCUGCAGGAGGCGUGCCUUAAGAAAGAGUCCCUAUGGACAUGAUCAUUAUGUGUGAUAAUUGUCUAGUGUUCCUGCUUUGAUUCAUAAAAUGUUUUCUCUGCUUCUGUAAUUUUCUGAGAAUUGGGAAAUUGAGAAGAAAGUUGAUUUAAUUGGGGGAUAGUUUUUCUAGACAUUGGACAAGAGGAC